CCACCCUGUCACUGCCUUGACCCUUGGGAUGGUUGUUAUUACCGAAAGAGCACUGGGAUCUCAUGCCCCACGCAAAUACCAGGUUUCCAGGUGGCGACAAAUGUCCCAUUCUCUGGGCAAUUUUUCCGCUCAGGUCUUCUUGCCGGCAGGAUACCCUGAGAGCGUUACUUCAGUUCAAUGUUUCAUUUGCAGGGUUUGGCGUUGGAAACGCAUCCGCAUCCGCCACCCAUGCCCUUCUUCUCACUGUCCUUCAAGACUUUUUUGGCCGAAUGACCACAAUCUGUGGAGCAUACCUCAUAGGCCCGUCAUUGACAUCGGAGGCGAAAACAUUCCGGUUACUCGCCGAUCUGUUGAAUGAUAUCGCAAUCGUUCUCGAUACACUCUCUCCUCUCCUGAAGCUCAGUGUAUUACGCGUAUCAACGCUUUGUCUAAGCGGAUCUCUCCGCGCGAUGUGUGGAUUGUGCGCCGGUGGCUCCAAAGCUGCUCUUACAAACCACUUUGCAUCACCAACGUCGGGGUCUGGCGAUGUUGGUGAUCUGAAUGCAAAAGACAGCAGCAAGGAGACAGUUUUGGCGCUGCUUGGAAUGCUGGUCGGAAGCGUGGUGGUACAGCAUCUGAACAGCGCAUUUCUCACGUAUACCGUCCUGUUCACGCUGGUCGGACUGCAUCUCGCGUUGAAUUACGCUGGGGUGUCCGGCGUCGUUUUGAGGACGCUCAACCGUCAGCGAAUGACAAUCGCUUGGGAACUGUAUCGUGCCAACGGUCGCACUCCCACGCCCGAGGAAGUAUCCUCCCUCGAGCACAUCUUUCAGCGCCCCGAUCACAUUCGAGGAACGAAGUGCACCUUUGGCUCGUCUCUCAAUGCCGUUCUCGGCGGGACAAGCAUCCCGCGCUCCUUGUUGGAUGGAAUGGGGGAGGAACGCUACAUCUUAUGGUCAGAACGGGGUGCAGGAGUGUCAUUGCACAUCUGUUUCAAAGAGGGCUAUACUCCCUUUGACCAGCUUAGAUCAUGGGCGCAUGCGGUCGAAGUGGUUGGAAUGACUAGCAAGGACCCCGCGGACGACAAGCUCAUUCUUAGUGCACAUCAGACCAUGGCGGCCGCGUUCCCGGCAUUCCUGGAUGGCAUGCGGGAGAAGGGGUGGAUCGUGGCGGACGUUGCUCUCCAAGCAGGCCAGCCACAGGCUCUGAUUGUGGCGGUGGACUUUGAGGACAGGAAGCGAAGGUGACAUGCAAACUAUGACUGUUAUCUUGAUGGCUCUGUUUCUCCGGUUCCCCUUUGUCUGUCCACGUUACCAUGUUGAUCUCCGCAUUUUCCCCGCUUACGUCUCUUGUAAGAUGGAUUAUUUCGUUGGUCUGGAUGGGUGGCGCACCCUGGGUGUCUAUGGCCGGCGGCAAACAAGGAAGAUCUCUUUUUUUUCAGUCAUGGGACACUGUCAGUUUCGAGAAUGGGACACGGCUCGGAUCAGGGUAAAGAGAUUUACCAAGGUUUAGGCUCUUGAACAAUGUUGAGGUGUUACCUCGGGCUUUUUCGGCCGUCCAAAGCGCAGUCCAGGAAAUAACGCGUCAUAGACUCUGCAUCCGGACAGAAGACGGGCGGGGCAGAUUGCGAUGCCAUUCAGCGGCAUUCUGUAUGCGGUCUCACGUCCACAUCACCUAUAUCCGCAAGUUCUUGAACAUCGGGAGUUCCCGUGCAUUCAGUGUCCUGGGUUCGACCGGCUGAAAAACAAAAGGGCGUGCGAAAUGAGGUCCAGGCGAGCAUCACUUGGAAAGCAGAGCACUCAGAGGUAUUGCUGGUGUUUGAAGCUCCGAGAGAUUUGCGGCAGACAUCGUUCCUGAGUUGACUUCGCGCUCGGACUUCUAGCAGCACGGUUCUGAACCUUGUUACCCCACAGGAAGAAAAUCAGGAUCCGAGAAGCCUGUCGGCUCGGACCUCUUUCUCCAUCGGGACAAUCACACAUUCUUUCUAGCAUCCAUGGACCAAUUCUCUGCUUCGGCGGCAGACACAAUGAUGGACCUCGGUCACCUGCUUCUGCCACUCCUGGUCUUUGCCGGCGCGCCUAGCGUGCGCGUCUCCCAAUUUGUCUGUCCAGCGCCUGCAUCUCCGGUCCGAUUCUCGUACUCCUGUCGACACAGACAGAAUGGCAAGCGUAAUUGAAGUCUCUCUGGUGGGUGAAUUGAUAGCGAGAUCUUGUAUUACCUGCCUGAGCGCAACACGCUUGAUUCGGCAUGAAGGACGGGACGCUCGAGUCGUCCGAGGAGACCAUGCAGAUUACCACACAGCACAACGCGGCCGACAGUAACAGAGUCCGCCGUGCCUCCACAGGCAUCUUCCGAACGCCUCAAAAGCUUCCUUUCCCUUCUUUCAAGUUUUUCCGCAUCGACAUAUCGGGCGCAGUGAGCCACCGGACCUAUUAAUCCAUCUCUUGAGAAACUGUCUAGACAUAGGGCUCUCGACUACGACGCUCUCGUCCUCGACUGCACUACGAUUUAUCGAUGCAUAAUAG